AUAUUUGUGAAGUAAGAUCCACUCCUUUUGCUUUGGAAGAACAACUGCUAAUUCAGUGGCCCAUCCAGGAGAAGUUAAUCCUUGAGGAACAGUAUUGGAAAAAACACAACACCACCACCAUUACAAGAAGUACACUGGACAUUCUCUACAACUUUGCCAAUUGUUCAGAAUUUCAGCUGGUCUUUGGACUUAAUGUCUUGCUGCGGAAAAGCAACUCUCAAUGGGAUAGUUCGAAUGCUCAGUUACUCUUGGAUUACUGUGCUUCCCAGAAGUACAAUAUGUCCUGGGAACUUGGGAAUGAGCCAAACAGCUUCAGGAAAAAGUCUGGCAUAUAUAUUGAUGGCUUCCAACUAGGACAAGACUUUGUUCAUCUACGCCACCUUCUGAGUAAUUAUAGUUUCUACAGGAAUUCAAAACUGUAUGGCCCUGAUGUUGGUCAGCCACGGAAGAAAACUCAGAAGUUGUUGAGGAGCUUUCUGAAAUCAGGAGGGAAAGUAAUUGAUUCUGUCACUUGGCAUCAUUACUACGUAAAUGGCCGAACUGCUACCAGAAAGGAUUUCUUGAGCCCUGAAGUGCUGGAUACCUUUAUUACAGCAAUAAACAAUGUUUUUCAGAUUGUUGAUGGAACUGUUCCUGGCAAAAAAGUUUGGUUAGGAGAAACAAGUUCAGCCUAUGGAGGUGGAGCACCCAGACUGUCUAAUACAUAUGUUGCUGGCUUUAUGUGGUUGGACAAAUUAGGACUGUCAGCCAAAUUGGGAAUUGAUGUGGUGAUGAGACAGGUAUUCUUUGGAGCAGGAACCUAUCACCUGGUGGAUCAGAAUUUUGAACCCUUGCCUGAUUACUGGCUUUCCCUGCUAUACAAGAAGCUGGUUGGCACCAAGGUCCUGCAUGUUGGCCUGAAGGGGGCAGACCAGAAGAAGCUUCGGGUGUACCUUCAUUGCACAAACAACCACCACCCCAAGUACAAAGAAGGAGAUGUUACACUGUUUGUUUUAAACCUCUACAAUGUCACAAAGCGCUUGCAGCUACCUUAUUACUUAUCUAAUAAACACAUAGAUGAAUACCUUUUACUACCUCAUGGGAAAGAUAACAUAUUUUCCAGAUCUAUUCAGUUGAAUGGUCACGUCUUAAGGAUGGUGGACGAUAAAACACUGCCAACACUUAGCGAGAAACCCCUCAGUCCAGGAAGCAUGCUCGGCCUUCCAGCUUUUUCAUAUGGGUUUUAUGUCAUAAAGAAUGCCAAAGCUACCGCUUGCAUUUAAAUGUUACGCACACACUCCCAGGGGGUUUACAAUAGCAGUGUGGCUAGAAUUAAGGUUUGAUAGUAAGGGGCUGGCAAGAUUCUGGCAAUCUUGAUGCAAAUCCGUUGGUGGCAACAGCACAACCUGAGGGAGGAGAAGGCAUAAAUUCAAACCGUGUAUGGUGUGUGCAUGGAAGACGUUUAUGUUGUGCCUCAAGAACUUUUUUUCCAGGGGGAAGAGGUUGAUUUUUUCCUUCUCUUUGUCUCCAAGAGGUACAUUUAGCAACAACCACUCCUUCAUUCUGUAUGCCUUUGCCACAAGAGUUACCUUGCACCUGCAGAUCUGCCAGCCAGAGACUUAAAAGGUCCCUCAUCUUCUAGUUCUUAUAAAUAUGUAAGCACAAUUUUUAUAGCAGCACCGUUUUUUCCCUUACAAAAGAUGGGGUUAGUGUGUUUCUGAUUAUACCCCAAUGUCUUUAUUGCGUGAUUUCUUCAAUGCCUACGGAAUGUGACAAAGCAGGAGGUAAUUGUGGGGACUGUGAAUUAUGAGCUCUGAUCAUUGUGAUCUCUGAUUAGUUGAUAAUUAUGUAGGGAGCAAAGGGAGGAGAAAACAUGCUCCAUGGCAAAAUAAGGAAAAGUUUUAUAUGAAGAGGGGGAUGGAAACAGAGUUGGGGAGAAUGCAGAAAAUGAGAAAGAAGGAAAUUAGGUCCACUAAAAGCAUAGCUAAAGGG